AUGCUGUUGACCUUUCGCCCCGCUUUAUGGCUCAGGCUUCUCAUCUUCUAUCAGCAGGCUUGCGCCCUUCUGGAGGUAUUCGAGGUGUAUCAGCCUGUACCUAUUGUAGACGAUGGGUACGAGCAAUGCAAUGAGGAGACAGUUUUAGUGCAUCAUGACUUUGGCUACAGCUAUGGCCAGCCUUAUGUGGGGGCCUAUGAACCUCCGCACUGCACCUUUGACACGGUUCGGAUCAAUCUGACUAUCACCUCCAAAGGCAGGCAGUAUGACCGCCUUGCAAUCCUAUACCUUGGUGAUAUAGAAGUGUAUCGAACAUCAACGGCUGAGCCCACUAGCAAUGGCAUUGUUUGGACCUAUGUUAAAGAUAUUUCCCAGUUCAACACUCUCCUUAGGGAGCCACAAAAGGUUAUUUUUGACCUGGGAAACAUCAUCACCAAUGUCUACACUGGGUAUUACAAUACAACACUGACGGCCCAUUUCUCCUACAAAGGAAACGUGAAGACGCCAGACGCCAUUUUGCCGAUUUCCGCGCGGAAGUCGGCUCAGAACUCGUCCAGCGAAUUUGAGCUUCCAUCAGAUAACGCAAAGGUGCUUCAUCGGAUCCCCCCAGCUACCUCGCGUGCUGUUGUCUCAGUCUCCGCGACUGGUCAAUCGACAGAAGAAUUUUGGUGGUCGAACGUCUUCACACAAGAUUCAUGGUCUUUCAAUAGCACCAUAGGGGAGCUAUAUGGGUACUCUCCCUUUCGCGAGGUUCAGCUCUAUAUUGAUGGUGUGAUGGCGGGAGUGGUUUGGCCUUUUCCCAUCAUCUUCACUGGCGGCAUAGCGCCAGGCUUCUGGCGUCCGAUUGUUGGCAUUGACGCCUUCGAUUUGAGACAGCCCGAAAUCGACAUAUCACCCUUCCUCACUAUGCUCAGGGACAACAAGACCCAUUCAUUCGAGAUUAGAGUCACAGGACUCGAUGUUUCAGAGGAUAAAUCUAUCACAUUCUCCGAUACUAUUGGACCCUAUUGGAUCGUGACCGGGACAAUCUUCCUAUAUCUGGAUAAUGUCGCGUCGCACAAUUCUUCUAGUCACAAGCCAGAUAUAUCAGCUUCCUCACCGAGCUUUGUAGCAACGCGGAAUCUUGUGCACAAUGCAACCGGAGUAAAUGAGACACUGGCCUACUCGAUCAGUGCGUGGCGAACUAUCACAGUCAAGUCCUCUGAUUAUACCUGGAGCCAGAACCUCUCCUACUCGAAUUAUGGGUCCUUGAACCAGCAAGGUCUGAGCCAAACUACCCACCAACGUACUUCUGGUCGUACUCAGCUCAUAGGAGGCGAAAACAACGAAGUCAACGAGGUCACCUUUGAUUAUCCCUUGUCUUGCAACCAGACGUACAACUUAGAUGACGGGCUUAUUAUUAAUGCUUCGAUGCGCAGGGGUCUGGAUAUUGACGCUACGGGGGCACUGGGCAUCUCGACGUACACUCUCACCUCAGGCCCUCUGAGUUUGCACACUGAGCAAUGGGGUACAGCUUUCUAUAAAUCGACUUUGGAGGCCAGUAUUUCAUACGGCGAAACGAGCGAUUAUUUCAAAUCUAAUGCGAAUGGUGUCUCAUACGAUCGACAAGUGCAUGCAGUCAACGGCAGUGUUAUAUGA